UAUUCAAAACCGCCGCUUAUCUCUGACAUCGAAGAUGAAGAACUUGACGAUUUUGUGAAACACGUGGACAUAGGCCUUCUUGACGGCGUUGACAUGUUGGCAGCAAACAUCACAAUAGUUACCACCCUACUUAUGCUUUGGAUGAGGGUGGCCUCCUCUUCCUGCCCCAAUGGACUUGGUUUUACCCACCAACGCCUACACGGUCUUGGAUUUGACGUUUUCACCUCUGACAGAUCUCUGUCUUGUUCCCAAACCACCGGAAUUUCUUCCGUUCCUGUUCGCUACGUAGAAUCUCUCAAUGAGAUGAUGUCACAGGCCGAGAAUAUCCUCCGGGAAACAGCGAACGAACUAGCUCAAAGGGCAUUAUUCCAGACAGAACUAUGCGAAAUUGAUCCUUACGACCAUUCUGACUUUCAAAACGGAAUAAGCAUGGCUGACACACUUGUCAACGGUAUAGAACUGUUAUCGGAGGUAGCAUUGAACAUGACCAUAGUAAAUUGUCACCAACAUGCCAGAUUUUCACGCGAAACUCAGUUCAAUGUCCACGAGCCAAUCCGUGCUGUUAUAUGCGAGAUGAAAAAACUGAUGAGAUUUGCUAGACCAGUUGAUCCAAGCAAGUUUCGCGCCAGCAUUUCAUUGCGGGAGAUGGACAGGACAGACAUCACUAUUUUUACAUGCCGAAAUCUGCGGAGGGCCAUUUCUGCAAUAGCUCAUCUUAAACACAACAUCAACACUGACUUUGAAAAUUUUCAAGAUUAAUAUCGAAUAAAUGAAUGAUUUUGUCCCAUAUUUGUAGAAUAGUCUCGGAAAUAAGAUAGUGCAUACACUGUUUGAGAAUGAGUUUGCAGGUUUGGGUGAAAUUGAGACUCUCUUGAAUAUGUCAUUUAACGCGUUCCUGGUUGGAAGGUGUUGUUUUUAAAUGUUCAAUGAACGACCUAUUUCAAAGAAGUAACGGAUAAUCCAGACAUAAUUGUAAUUCAUAUUGAAUGAACUGUACCGGAAAGACAAUCCGAACCUAGUUUAAGGUUGAUCAUAUCAUUAAAAGCAAUUCAUAGAGAAUAAUA